AUGUCGGAUAUAGAGUACUCCAACUCGUUAAAGUCUCCAGCUACGGAGACAACACACAAGAGACUCAACCAUUGGGAGAGGUUCAAAGACUCUUUCAAGCCUCCACUGGAAUCAGAUAGCAGCUCUGAUUUCCGCCAUGCCGACGUCAGGGAUUAUAAGGACCUCACUGAUAUCGAGAAGGCUGCUCUGAACUCAUCAAAGUCCGAUAUGAAGCAAGAGCUGACACAACGUCACCUUAUGAUGAUUGCUAUAGGAGGUUCUGUCGGCACAGGUUUAUUCGUCAACUCAGGUGGUGCUCUGAACACAGGUGGUCCUGCGGCUUUGGUCAUUGGCUGGUCAAUCAUCGCAACCAUGAUGCUGACCACUGCCAUUGCGCUUGGUGAGAUGUGUGUUACUUUCCCCGUCACUGGUGGGUUCACGACCUACGCAACCAGAUUCAUCGAUCCAUCUGUAGGCUUUGCGAUGGGAUGGAACUAUGCUCUACAGUGGCUGAUCUUAUUACCAUUGGAGCUAGUUGCUGCAGCCAUUACAAUUCAAUAUUGGCGUGAAGAUAUCAACUCCGACGUUUGGGUGGCUGUGUUCUUUGUCUUCAUCUGUGUCCUGAACAUGCUUGAUGUCAAGUACUAUGCGGAGUCAGAAGUGAUUCUUUCCAUGAUUAAGAUCAUUGCUGUGCUGGGAUUUUUCAUUCUGGGAAUUGUGCUGAUCUGUGGUGGUGGUCCAGAAGGUGGUUACAUUGGAGGGAGAUACUGGCAUGAUCCAGGUGCCUUUUCGCAUGGGUUCAAAGGUGUCUGCUCUGUCUUUGUCACUGCUGCUUUCUCGUUUGCUGGUACUGAACUUAUCGGUAUGACAGCAGCUGAGACGUCAAACCCAAGAAAGACCAUUCCAAAGGCUGCAAAGCAAACAUUCUGGCUCGUCACCGGUAUCUACAUAGUUACUUUGACAUUGAUUGGAUGUCUAGUUCCAUACGACGACGAUAGACUGUUAAACGGUGACUCUUACGCAUCAGUGUCGCCUUUUGUCAUUGCCAUUGAAAAUGCAGGCAUCAAGGGCCUGCCAUCUCUCAUGAACGUUAUUAUUCUCAUUGCCAUCUUAUCUGUUGCAAAUUCAUCAGUGUAUGCCUCUUCAAGAGUGCUGGCUUCAUUGGCCGACAUUGGUCAUGCUCCAAAGUUCUUGUCUUACAUCGAUAGAACAGGUAGACCUCUGUACGCCACUUUUGUCACGUUGUUCAUCGGGUUAUUGUCAUUCAUCGCAGCUUCUGACAAGGAAGACGAGGUGUUCCUAUGGCUUUCUGCCCUCUCUGGUCUUUCCACGAUCUUUGCAUGGAUGUGUAUCUGCUUUUCCCAUGUUAGAUUCAGAAGAGCUUUACAAGCACAAGGAAGAAACACCGAUGAGCUCACCUACGUCGCUCAGUUCGGAGUGUGGGGUUCGCUGUACGGUGUUGGUAUGAACUUUCUGGUCAUAGCAGGCCAGUUCUGGGUCGCUCUGUUCCCUGGAAGCUCUGCAGAUGCUAAGUCAUUCUUUGAGGUGUUUUUGUCGCUGUGUAUCUUCAUUGCCUUCUAUGUAGCUCAUAAGAUUUGGAAGAGAAACUGGACAUUGUUCAUCAGAGCAGAGGAUAUGGAUAUAGACACAGGAAGAAAGCAAGUUGAUAUGGAGUUGCUCAAACAAGAGAUCCUUAUAGAAAAACAGGAGCUUGCAUCUAAGCCUAUAUACAUCAGAUUCUUCCACAUUUGGUGCUAAGGUACGUAUGAUUGACGAUUGACGCACUUGUCCU